GUUUUCCGAUUGAGAUGUUUUCAAAGACUACCGAAAGAUCAUUCGGAAAACCACAUUCAAGUUUGCAAUCUAGAAACUUUGCAGUUUAACUUUAAGUAGCUAGUAUCUUAAUUUUUGAAGAAUGACAUCUGUAGUUAAGAUUGGCCUCAUUACAGGUACUGGGUUAGCUGAUCCAGAUAUACUGCACAAUCAGACUGAGAAGUAUGUGAAAACUCCAUUUGGUGAGCCCUCUGAUGCACUUAUUCUUGGAACAAUACAUGGUGUUGACUGUGUGUUACUGUCUAGACACGGCCGCAAACACAGUGUGAUGCCCUCUAAAGUGAACUACAGGGCCAACCUGCUCGCACUGAAAGAGGAAGGCUGUACCCACAUCAUUGUAACCACUGCGUGCGGGUCACUGCAGGAAGACAUCCGACCAGGUGAUCUGGUGGUCAUCGAUCAGUUCAUAGACAGAACCCAAGGACGAAAUCAGACAUUUUAUGAUGGUACCUCUGAUAAAUUCAAAGGUAUCUGUCAUAUUCCAAUGGACAAACCUUUCUGUCAGCAAACAAGAAAAAUUUUGCAGGACACUAUGAGAGACAUGGGAUUCAGCUGCCACGCCGGCGGUACAGUAGUAACUAUUAACGGCCCACGCUUCUCAUCAAAAGCAGAGUCAAAGAUGUUUAAGAAUUUCGGUGCUGAUGUUGUUAACAUGAGCACAGUACCAGAGGUUGUGCUGGCAAAGGAACUUGGUCUGUGCUACGCGUCUCUUGCUAUUGUGACCGACUUCGACAGCUGGAAGGAAGGCGUUCAAGCUGUUAAUAUAGACGUGGCACUGAAUAUGUUUAAACUAAAUGUGGAGAAAGUGAUGAAAAUACUUGUUGCAGUUAUUCCUAAGCUUGCGGCUGAAGAGUGGACAGAAUCACUAAAAGAUCACCAGGAUGUGGCCAGAAAUGCUGUGAUGUAUUCCAGCUAAGUUUUCAUGUAUCAGUCUAUCCAGCACUGUGAUGUAUUCCAGCUAAGUUUUCAUGUAUCAGUCUAUCCAGCACUGUGAUGUAUUCCAGCUAAGUUUUCAUGUAUCAGUCUAUCCGGCACUGUGAUGUAUUCCAGCUAACAGUUUUCAUGUAUCAGUCUAUCCAGCACUGUGAUGUAUUCCAGCUAAUAGUUUUCAUGUAUCAGUCUAUCUGGCACUGUGAUGUAUUCCAGCUAACAGUUUUCAUGUAUCAGUCAGUCAGUCAGUCAGUCAGUCUCUCUCUCUCUCUCUGUGAUGUAUUCCAGCUAACAGACAUUUAAUCAGACCUGAAUGACAUCAAAUAUGUGUAUAAAACUGUUAUGUAUCUCUGUCUCUCUCUGUCUCUCUCUGUCUCUCUGUCUGUCUCUCUCUCUCUCUCUCUCUCUAUUAUUUUUUUACCAAUAGUCAUAGUUUGAUUAAAAAUAUGUUUAUACUGUU